UACAUGCACGGUAUGUACAGUGGGGGAGCGUGAUAAUGGCGCGUUGGUUACAGCGCAGUGGGGAUGAACUUUGUUCAAAACCUUGAUCUAGCACGAGCUUAUAGGGACCUUACGACAAACGAACACGCUGAUUAACUGUUAUAUUUACAGCCUGAAAUUACAGAGUCCGCGUCAAAGAUCCUCAAGUCUGACAGGAGGGGCUGUAGCUCAGCUGCACGGGCUCUGGUUAAAAAGCGCGGCGAUGACGCAGCGGAGGAGGUUCAACCAGCAGGACUUUCUCUUCUUCCUGUUGGAGAGAGAGAGAGAGGGAGAGAGAGGGAGAGAGAGAGAGAGGACCAGGCAGAAAAACCCUCCUCUUAUACCCAGGACACUGCACUUCUGUUCAGACGCAUCUUCAGGUCAAAGCUCCGGAGAGGAACCAGCUGUCACUUCUGCUGCGCCCUGCACGAUCCUCCGCAAGGAUCCGACCCAGCAGCGGUUUGGGACUCCCAAGAAACCGCAUUUGAAACCAGUGAACAGGGAAACAAUGAAGAUGCUCCUGCCUCUGGUAAUCCUUCAGCUGCUCUUGGCUCCAGCGCUCAUGGUGCCCAGCGGGGAUUACUGGGAAUCGUGGGGUCCUUAUGGAGAAUGCAGUCGCAGCUGUGGCAGCGGUGUGACCAUAAGAACCAGACGCUGUAUCACUCACAGGACGGAUGGAGGACACAACUGUGUUGGACCAGAGAAGUCGUACCGCUCCUGCAACAUCCAGGACUGUCCAGAGGGGUCCAAGGAUUUCCGUGAGGAGCAGUGCUCCCAGUUUGACGGGACUGACUUCCAGGGGAAACGCUACAAGUGGCUCCCGUACUAUGGAGGUGAGAACCCGUGUGAGCUGAACUGCAUGCCGAGAGGAGAAAACUUUUUCUAUCGUCACCGCAGCUCUGUGGUCGACGGCACACCCUGUCACCCAGGACGGAGGGAUGUUUGUGUGGAAGGAGUCUGCAAGCGUCUGGGCUGUGACAACAUGCUGGAGUCUCCUCAGCAGGAGGACCCCUGCCUGCAGUGUGGGGGUAACGGACAGUCCUGCCACCGCGUCCACAACAGCUUCUCUGUACGCAGCCUGCCGACCGGCUACAACCAGAUGUUCAUCAUCCCCGUUGGAGCCACGACCAUCAGGAUCAGGGAAACAGUGGCAACACGCAACUACCUUGCUAUUAAGAACCUGCGUGGUGAGUACUACCUCAAUGGCCACUGGGUAAUUGAGUUUUCCAGGGCGACACCCAUCGCCGGCACCAUGCUGUACUACCAGCGAGGAGCUGAGGGCGGCAACGUCCCUGAAACCAUCAUCGGCCGCGGCCCCACCACUGAACCGCUGGUUGUGGAGCUGAUCAGCCAGGAGCCAAACCAGGGGGUGGAGUAUGAGUAUUACCUUCCUAACGGACGCUCCAGGGAUGGCUACUACUGGAGUUUUGGAUCGUGGUCCGCCUGCAGCAGAGAGUGUGGAUCAGGCUACCAGUCUCGCUUGGUCUUCUGCACCAUCGAUAACGAGGCCUAUCCUGACUACCUCUGUGCAUCUCUGCCAAGGCCACAGACCAACCGUACAUGCAACCCACACACAUGCCCACAGACCCGCAGGAUGGCCUACCUGUAUCCACCACAGUUGUGGACGUCCUCAGAAAGACCCAGAGCGUAUGCGUUCAGCUGGAGAACCGGCGAGUGGAACGCCUGCUCGGUCACCUGUGGUGGAGGCUCCCAGGUUCGCAGCGUGCAGUGCGUCUCCCAGGAUGCCUCGGGGCCCCGCGUGGUGGAUGAUGCCAUUUGCGCCACCUACAACGAGGCACCACCUUCAAUGCAGACCUGCAACAUGCAGAAGUGUGUCGAGUAUCAAGUGACCAGAUGGAGUGCGUGCUCUGUGACCUGUGGUUCAGGCGAACAGACCAGGGACGUGACCUGCGUGGGUUCAGGCGGGAUGAGGCUGGAAGAAACAUCCUGCAGCGCUUUGCUCCGCCCACUCGCCGUCCGACCCUGUGAGAUGGCCGCCUGCCCGAGACAGAUCAGCUGGCAGGUUGGGGAGUGGGGACUGUGCUCUACGAGCUGUGGCUCCGGCUCCAGAGAGCGCCAGGUGAUCUGCUCCGACCCGGAGAGGAACCUGUUCCCUGUGGACCAGUGCGGCGCCCGCCCCAAACCCUCCACUGUGGAGCGCUGCAACACACAGCCCUGCUACAGCCCACAGGUUGUCCCGAGCGUCCAGGACCCUCGAGGACACGACAGCUCUCAGACCGGCUUCCAGCCCCAAGCUCCAGAUCACACAGCAGUCCACAGGCCCGAGACGGAUCCGACCCAGACCAACACAGUCCAUGACCCUCACGGCUCCGCCCCGGCCCUCCACUGUAGCCAGUCCUAUUACGGCUGCUGCCCAGACGGACGCACUUCAGCUGCGGGCCCCCGGGGCCUGGGAUGCCCACAGGGCCCGGCUGCCGCUCCUGCCCAGCCGUCCUGCAUUCAGACCAGUUACGGCUGCUGCCAAGACGCCGUGACGGCUGCUCAGGGCCCCAACAAGGAGGGCUGUGUGGAGUUCGUGGCCCCUACACCCACUGUCACUCCCUCUCUCCCUACUGAGAAUGCAGUUCAGUGCCGAACCACCACCUACGGCUGCUGCUACGACCGCACCACACCUGCAGGAGGACCCAACGGGGAGAGCUGCCCCAACCCCCCGAACCACAUCGAGCGCUCCAUCUGCUCCCUCCCUCGUGCCGCCGGCUCCUGCAGCACCUGGGUGUCACGCUACCACUACGAUGUCAUCACCUCCAGGUGCGUGCACUUCUGGUAUGGGGGUUGCCACGGCAACACCAACAACUUCUUGACCCGGGCGGAGUGCCAGAGGGUGUGUCGGGUGCCUGCGCCCGGGCCGGUCGCUCCCGCUGGAGAGCCGACCUCCAGGAGAGAGUCCACCCCUGCGAGGACCCCGGCUGGAGCAGGCACCUCGUCUGGAGGAGGGUCCAGAGCAGGAGGGUCCGCCUCUGGAGGGUCGACAGGUGGGCAGUCGCGCAACAUGGGGAGGAUUUUCACGGUCCAGGGAGGUUCGACCGGCAGCACCGGCAGACAGGCCACGAGCGCUGCCACACACGCCCACAGAGCCAGAGUCUACCUGCGGGGACGCCGGCCUUCACCUGUCACUGCUGCACAGCACAGCGGCCCAGCUGCGAGUUUGACCCUGGGAGGAGUGACCAUCGAUAAGACUGACCCGUCCACAGUGGAAGCGUUAGUUGGCCAGACGGUCGUGCUGCCCUGCAGAGUCAGCCCGCCGCCGUCCUCCACCGUCACCGUGGAGUGGAGGAGAGACGGCAUCCCCCUGUCGACUCACCGGCAUCACCAGCAGCCCAACGGCUCCCUGUUAGCCGGUCCUCUCACUAAGGGCGACUCCGGCUGGUUUUUGUGCGUGGCCACUCGGGAACGUGAGAGAGACCACCGCUACAUUUACCUCUCUGUCUCAGAGGGAACGUCUCCGGUGGUUCCUACCUCACUCCCCAGAGACAGUCCACUCCCCCGGUUCAGUAUCGACCGCUCAAGCUCGUCUCAGCUGGAAAUGCGAGCGGGACAAACCGCCAGGCUGCCCUGCACCAUCGUCCCUCCCUCAGCUCUGCAGUCCGUCAGCAUUCAGUGGACAAAGGAUGGACAGACCCUCAGUGACUCCAGGUUCACCCAGCAUUCAGACGGCACCCUGACCGUCGGCGCUCUGGCGUCCGAUGACUCCGGUGUCUACACGUGUACGGCCUCCAGUCAUCAGCAGCUGGAGCAGAGACAGCUGCAACUCCGAGUCCAAGCGGACCUGAAGAUCACGACAGCUCCGAACAACAUCCAGGUGUCUGAAGGCAGCACAGCUCUGCUCCCCUGCGUGGUGUCAGGAGAAAACAUUAAUAUCGGCUGGUCCAGAAACGGCGUACCGGUGCGUCCAGAUGGUCGUAACAUCCAGAUGUCAUCUGACGGCAGCCUGAUCCUAAACAACGUGAAGCCGUCAGAUGAGGGAACCUACACCUGUAACGCUUACACUGGCAUCUACUCUGUGAGCGCCACGGCUGAAGUGAGGAUCAUUAAAGACACACAACAAGGUGUCGAUGUUCCUCCGGAGUGCGUGGACCAGCCGGAGCUCGCCAACUGCGAGCUCAUCGUUUACGCCCGACUUUGCUCCAACUCGUACUACUCCAGCUUCUGCUGUGCCAGCUGCACCAGGCAUUCACAGAAGAACGAGAGGUUUGGUCGGCUAGGCUAAAGACACGGGGGUGGGGGGGGUCAAAACUAUGGUGGGAGGCGGUUUGUGUUUUGGAGGACUGCAUCUUUAAAAACUCGAACUUUCAACUCUGAACUGCUGCUUUUGCCAAAAGGACUUAAAACACUCACAUCUGAGCAGGUGGAGCAGAGGGCGAUUUAAAAGGGACUGUUUCCUGUCGGCGUGGUCGAGUCUGUGAAGCAGGAGUCGCUCCACAGCGAGCGCUUCGUUCAGGGAGUCUGUGCCUUCAAAUGUAGGGAGCAUACAACCUUGUAACUGUCUGCUGAAUGUGAUGAGGCAAAGCUCAGACUUUCUCCGUCGUUCUUCCGUCACAUUUUUUUAAAUUAAGUUAUUACUCACUGGACCUACUGUACAAGUUCUCUGUUUUUAAGAGGAUCAUAGCUUUUCCUUUGAGCUCGUGAAAAAGAUUUAACAUGUUGUGAAACUACUUUAUAUCUGCUGUAGUUUUGGCUACUACUCUUCUUUUUUAAAGCCUUUCAUUGAGACAGGAUUCUACUUGUUCUGUGACACACAAGGAGCUCCUACCACACUGUUUAUUUUUAUGUAAUUAUUUGAUAAUAAAAAUAAUAUUUUGAUAAAA